GAGAGAGAGAGAGAGAGAGCUGUGUGAACAGAAAACCCACACACAGAGGCAGGAGUUGUCUUGAGUGAAGUCGGUUUGGGUUCUGCGCAGACGUGAGAAGAGAAAGAGCAGGAUGAGAUUUUGAGAGUGAGGAAACUUUUAUCAAGGUCCUGAAUGGAGAACAAGGCCAUGUACCUGAGCACAUAUGAGGAGCGAGACAAUGGCUCGUUAUAUGAGGAGGGCUACGAUGGACGGAACCUGUCCAAACUCAACCUCUGUGAAGAAUCGAGUUCUGGAAAGCGGCACAGGAAAACAGACAGCUGCUGCAGCCACUUGGACUCUCUGUCUGCCAUCAAAUACGCCAUCGUCUCCCUCUACAUCCUGGUGUUGCUGAGUAUAUUCGGCCUCUGCAUCGCAGUUUCCAGAUCCCAGGUAUCAUCAGAGAAGCAGGAGGCUCUGGUGGAGAAUGUGACACGUCUGGGAGAUCGCUCCGAAACUCUGCAGAAGUCUCUCGGUCAAUUGCCUUCCCAAAGCGACCUGCUGGAGAACAUCUGGAAGCUGGAGCGCCUCUUCCACAAUCACAGCGAAGAGCUGAGGCAGCUAGGAAACCUGGUGCAGGGUCUCGAGCGGGACAUCCUGGACCUGCAGGCAUUUAGCGAACAUGCCACAGGCACUAUUACGCAGAUAGAGGAGCACGUGGGAAGUAGCCGGAGAAACAGCAGCGCACUAGGAAUAGCCCUAACACGAGCUGCUGCCUCCAUCCGCAGUCAGGAUGCCGCGUUGCGUGAGACAGUGGGGCGAGUUGAUGAACUUAGGCAGAAACUAGACGAGGUGGACUGGGCCAUGGGCUCCAUCAAUUACUCGCUUAGCAGCUAUGUCAACAUCCAGCGGUUGGAGAUGGAGCUGCUUCAGGUGCAAAUGAGCAAUGUGACCCAAAAUACCAGGAGUGUCCGGAUCAAGCAGAGCCAUCUGGAGGAGCAGAUGAAGAAUGAGCUUGAGAUUCUCAGCGUCAUCACUGAGGACCUAAGACUCAAAGACUGGGAGCACUCCAUGGCGCUGAAGAACAUAACAGUCAUCGAAGGUCCUCCAGGACCAAAAGGUGAGAAGGGAGACGUGGGGCCUCUAGGGCCUGCUGGAUUCCCUGGCCUGGUAGGCUUUAGAGGUACACCAGGAGAAAAAGGCAUCCAAGGCCCACAAGGGCUUGCUGGCAACAAUGGUGUCAAUGGCCAAAACGGGGAGAAGGGAGAUACUGGACCAAUAGGACCCAAAGGCCAAAGAGGAGAACGGGGAUUCAAAGGAGAGAAAGGGGACAGAGGAGACCCAGGAGGCAAGACAGAGGAGAACGUCCUGGUGCGUUUGGUGAACGGUUCCGCGGCACACGAAGGCCGAGUGGAGGUGUAUCACGAGGGCCGCUGGGGGACGGUGUGCGAUGACGUGUGGGAUAAGAAGGACGGAGAUGUCGUGUGCAGGAUGCUGGGAUUCCGCGGAGCUCGAGAGGUCCACAAAACCGGACGAUUCGGACAAGGUAAAGAUCCAAUCUGGAUGGAUGACGUGGCGUGUAUCGGCACAGAGGAAACCAUCCACCAGUGCAAGUUCUCUGGAUGGGCCAAAACCAACUGCGGGCACGUUGAGGACGCUGGUGUGACGUGCAACACCUAAACCUUUUUCUGAUUCUGAAUGGACUGCUUUGUUUUGGACUGCAGCACAACAGCUGAUUGGCUGACAGGGUUACGUGGCAGAUGUGGUCCCUCUCCAGGCCACCAUAGAAAGACUAGAGGAAUCGUUUGGGCCUCAUUUUCAGCAGGUUGGUGUUGGGGAUUCAUAAACCAACAGGGACCAAUGCCAGGCAAAUAACCAGGCUGGCAAACGCACAGUCUUUACUAAAAACAAACAAAAGGAUUGUAUGUACAUCCUUAAGCAUUAAGUGAUAUAGAUUGUAUCGUAGCGCAAUUUUAUUACAGACAACCUCAUUUUUAUGAUGCCAAAUCCACUCUUAAGGCUUGGAAUAGAAAGUGUGUAUGACACACAGCAGUAUUAACAGAUAUAAAUAUAUUUGUCCCAUGUGCCAUGAAUAGGCAAGAUUCACACAUUGUUUUACUUGAAGUUUGGUAUCUUGUGCCUUUGAUAUUUUCUAGUCUUCACUCAUCAGCAUCUGCUUUUUCGCUUCACACACCUCUUCCCGAGUGUCCUUGCCUUAAGACGAGUAACCAGAUUCAGGGUUGAUUGCAGAGUUUAUAGCAGGGUGGAAGUUUCUGGAAAUUCACCCGCUUGCAUGGAUGCGUGCCGGAUUUCUUCUCACUCGUUCAGGCCUUGAUCGGUUCGAAAAUGAUUGGAACAAAAUCUCUCAUCAUGGCAUAUCUCCAGGCAUCAGUGUUGGUUAAGGGCUCAUGAUUUAUCACAGUUUGCUCCUUUAUUGUAAAUGAAGUGCUGUAAAUGAAGCUGAGCCAUGUCUGGUGCCCAAAGUCAAAUUGUUUAGUCUGCAGCAACACUUAUUAUUACUAACAUCACACAUACACACUUGACUCGUAGCACUUUUUAUCUUUUAGCUUCUUUAAUAGCAGGAUAAAUUAAUAUUUACUACAUUUACUACUAAACUUAACUGGAACUGUUUUCUAAAUGAGUAACACUUAAACAUUAGGACACGCCCCCUUCCCAUCCAAAAUAGCUACGAGAUUCAACGAACAACGAUCUACGUUCACAAUAGCAAGUAAUUAGAAUCAAACAAGGCCGCGAUUUCAGCCUUAUUUACAGUUAUUAUUAUUAUUAUUAUUAUUAUUAUUAUUAUUACAUACAAAUUAGUUCCUUGGUUCCUCGGCCACAAUAUAAAUUUCUAACUACAUUUAUUUCCUGCAAAACCAAAAUAAAACUUUCACCUAUGGUUUCAUUUCAUCUUAUUGCGCUGUUAGCAUUAACUAUUUAGCUUUAGCUACAGUACUACCAUCAUUUCAUUGGAACUAAGAAUGCUGUCCGAGCCACGCCCACAGGAAAGGUUACCGCUCUAAACAACAUAAGCAACUUAUCACAAAAUUAUGAUGAUCGACUACAUUUAGUAUAAAGAACAAAUUUCUGUCUUACCUGUCACACAUAUUAUUGUCUAUAACAUUAGUAAACACUAUAUGGACAAAAGAUUUUGCCCAAACCUGUUUAUUGAAUUCAGUUGUUUCAAUCAAUCAGGCCCCUUACCCCCAGUGAAGGGCAAUCCUAAUGCUUCAGCAUACCAAGACAUCUUGGACAAUGCUAUGCUUCUAUACAACUUUGCGGUGAAGUUGUGAGAGAUGUUUGGGGACGGCCCUUUUCUAUUCAAACAUGACUGUGUCCCAGUGCAUGAAGCAAGGACUAUAAAGACAUGGUUUGAUGAGUUGUGUGUGACUGGCCUUAAAACAGAUCCCUGACCUCAACCCCAUCAAGCACCUUUUGGAUGAAUUGAAACAAAGAUUGCGAGCCAGACUUUCUCGUCCAACAUCAGUGCCUGACCUCAUAAACGCUCUACAGAAUGAAUGGGCACGAAUUGCCACAGAAACACUUCAAAAAUUUCCAACUUCCAAAGAGUGGAAGCUGUUAUAGUUGCAAACAGGGUCCUAAGUCCAUUAUAUUUGGAUACAAUGUCAUUGCAGGUUUUAAAAAUAUCUUUGUCCAUAUAGUGUAUCUGAACACACACACACACACACACACCUCAUAAUCUGUUUUUAAAGCAAUGUAUUGAGUGUACAGAGGUUCAAUGCUCACCUCACGUCUCCUUAAGUGCCUUUUUUUCUACGUCAGGGUGACUGAAGAGAAUAAUCGUCUGCCAAAGAAGACACACACUUAGCUUCUCCUCCACAACCACCUACAGAGACACAUUUAAUACAACUUCUCUUGUUUUCUUAAAAUUCCCAAUCUCCAGUCUUGUGUUUUUUGUAUAUUUAUACCUCAUUUUUUCUAAUACAUUAAUAAAGAUGACAAUUUUAUCCGACACAGGUGCCUAAUAAAGGCAAACCAUAUACACAUCUCCUACCUUUAAUGCAUCACAUCACUCAAGACUCUGCAGACCGAGCUGGUAUUCCUAGGAGAGAUCCGAGCGAACCAUUUGAACCCGAGUGCCUUAAAAGCAACAUGAAUCAUCAGGAGCGCUUACAGUGGGAAAAGCCUUAAAUCUUUUAAAGGACUGUUUUUAUCAUCAGCAUUUUAGUUUCUGUUUCUGUCUUAGUCCCUGUAUUAAUGUAAAUAAUUUUUGAUAUAAUCCAUCCUGCACAUUCAGUGUCCUGAAGCAACGUCUCAGACGGAGAAGAAAAUACCAUGAAUAUACAGUUUUUAUUAGGGGUUUUGUUUUCAAUCUCCAUAUGAAGAGAGAAUAAACCAUGUUUACGCAUA